UUCAACGAGAUGUUGCAAAUUCCGGUCUAUGUGGUGUUCCCUUCUUCUGAAAUGUGUCCACAGCUCUGACUACGAAACUGGGAAAAAGAGCAUCAGAGAUCACUGAUUUUCAGAGAUGGAGAGACCCAGAAGCAUACGCAGUGCUGAACUACAGUUACCGGAGCAGUGAAGGAGUGACCUUAUUCUUUCUUGUCAACAGUUGCAUAGCAUGACACUGUCACAAAAAUAUCUAUCCUCCAAAAAUCCUCCCCAGCAAGACAUGUCAUGUAUAUACAUGACAGUUUAGGUGGAUUUCCACGGAAGUACAAGGUCACACUUAGGCACACCAGCUUUGUACCCAUCAUCUUCUACGUAUCACCACAGGAUCCUUCCCAGGCACCUCAGUCCCUGCGCCGUGCCACAGCCCCACCGCCCCUCUCAGGACUCGGGGGCACCUGCAACGCUCCCCCUUUUGCUGAGGAAACCCUCGUGCUUCCUUCUGUUCUCAUCUUUCAACCGACAACGAACGCACAGAAGGGCCAUUCGUGAGGCCCCGCAGGCGGAAAGACGCUGCCUGCCGACCCUCCGGUCCUCCUGCCCUAGGCCUUCCUGGCCGCGCAGCCUCUCUCUGCGGGGCCGCCGGAAACCUCGUCCUCUCCCCGCAGAGUAUGAAGCAGAACAGUGUCCAUUUCCAGAUAUCCCUGAAUCAGCACAGAAAUCUGUGAGUUUGGAAGCAGGAAUGUUGCAGCCAUUAUGUACAGAACAGUUUUACCCAUCCCCUGCAGCUGAUGCAGUUGUCCAACAGUUGCUUCCCAUACCCGAGGCAGCCUCCCUUCCAGAAGCACCGGAUCCAAAAACGUGUUCUCCUCAAGAAUAUUUAGAGUACUACAUAUUUCCAGUACUCCUACCCGGAAUGACUGAACUUCUGCAUCAAGCAAAGAAGGAAAAGUGUUUUGAGAGAAAAAGGACCAAAUUUAUUGCCUGUGAUUUCCUAACGGAGUGGUUAUACAACCACAACCCAAGGAGGAAAGAUGAGUCAUUCACAGAGUUCUUUUCCAUCCCUUUUGUUAACGGCUGGCUAAAGGACCAUCCUAGGCAACCACUGCCUCUGUCUUUCUUCCUAUCAGAAGAAGAAGCAAGCAUAAUAAUUCAGUCAUUCUGGAGAGGUUAUCGGGUCCGCUGUGAUAGGGAAGUACAAGAGCUGCGUCAGUGGCAAAAGCAGUUGAGAGAUGAAAAAAUCAUCUUUCAAAGAGUAGAAGAAUUCUGGGCUAAGCAGGAAGCCAAAGCUUCCAUGCAAAGUGGAGACCUUUGAAGCUGCUGCUAAAACACAUAGAGGGAAAAUACCUUCUUGACCCAACAAUGUCACACAGGAGCGCUCUUUUCCUUCAUGCCUGGUCUACAACCGGAGGAAACAUCAAGACCCCAGGAAAAGAUAUGUGAAGAUGAAUAAAGAGGUAAAAUGCCCUGACAAUAUAACCAAAGCCUUCUUUUGGGGACUGCUAUAGCAGUGUGGCAACCAUUGGCUUGGAUACUAAAGCAGUUUGAGUAGUAUCCAAAUCCUUUCUCCAACCAUGAGACAUCAGCAGAACACAGCCUACCCUACUCAACACCAUCAGGUGCUUUCCAUCACUGCUCUCAUAAGCAUCCCUGUAUAUUUUCUGAUACACGUCUAACUUUUCAGCAAUGCUUUGGAUCUCUUAAGCAACCAGUUUGCUGGCCCUUUUGGUAACUGCUCCAACAUUUUCAUUGCAAAUUUUCAUUACAUGUCAUCACACACUGUUCUGUGUCCCCAAACGGCUGUGACAAGGAAAGCAACCAUUACUGUGAAACCUGUCUGUGCAUAUCCUGUUUGCAUGUUAAAGUCUUCAGAACAAAGACUGUCUUUGAACUUGU